CAUUGUAAUUACGUCAUCAAGCUCACAGGUCGUCGUUAUCCCAUAAUACUGCAGUCAUGGCAGAGCGGCCAGCAACCAGUGACUCUAGCCCGGAUACUGAUCGUGAUUUUGAUGUGUCAGCGGAGAUGAUGGUUCAUGACUAUGAUGAUGAACAGACACUGGAAGAGGAAGAGCAGAAUGAGAGUGGAGAAAGCUUUAGCAAUAACGAACUGGAUGAACUAGCUCAGGAUGCAGAGAUUCCAAUGGAACACCUGCUAGCCAUGUACCUCCCUCCAGAGGCUGGGAACGCCCCAGAAGAUGAAGAGGAGGAGGAAGAGGAGGAAGAAGAAGAGGAAGAACUAACUAAUGGAGAAGAGGAGCUAACCAACGGAGAGACGGAGGAUUCACUUCCAAAUGAUGUUUAUGCAGGGUCGAGAGAAUCGGCAAGCCCUAGGGAUAACACGCAAAGAUUGCUGCGAUCAGCUAGUACAAACGCAGAUGACGAAUCAGAAUCGGGUUCAGAAGACUCCGACUAUGUCCCUGUAGAUGACUGGAAAAAGGUCAUAAGUGUAGGUCAUGACUUCCAAGCCGCAGUGCCUGAAGGCCUUAGUCAUUAUGAUGAUGCACCAGUGUAUGAGAAUGAAGACAGGCUACUAUGGGAUCCGUACAAGCUGCUGGCAGCUGAGACGGAGCGCUUUCUAACUCAAGUCCAUCCGCCCCCCGUAGCUGGCAUGCAGAGCCUCAAAGCAUUACCCACCGGUUGUCACAUCAGGGAUGAUGAGAGGACCCUUUUCAUCCUUUUACAAUGUGGGCACAACGUGGACGAGGCUUUAAGGCGGCAUCGGAUGCAGAUGGCGCCGCCAGCUGACGAGAUGAGCUUAUGGUCGGAAGAGGAGUGUAGAAACUUUGAGAGUGGUCUAAGAACGUACGGCAAGAACUUCCAUCUAAUUCACCAACACAAGGUGAGAACAAGAUCUGUUGGUGAGUUGGUCCAAUUCUACUACCUCUGGAAAAAGACAGCACGUCAUGACGUGUUUUCAAACGUAGGCAGGCUAGCCAAGAAGAAGUAUCACCUUCAUCCGGGCAUCACGGAUUACAUGGACCGCUUCCUGGAUGAUAUUGACAACAGCAUGAGUCCUCCACCUGCCCAGUCCCUCCUGGACAAGAGCAGGAUCAACAAACCACCCAACCAGGUCACCAUGAUGGCUCACAAUGGAGUCCCAGACCUUCAGAACUGUUCUCCGGCCAUAGGUGGCCUGGCCAGUGGUGACCUCCCCCAUGAAGCAUCGGCUUCGGGGACGCUGGGAGCACCCUACGGCUCCUUCUCUUAUGCAAGCAGCACCCGACCCAUGCUCAUCACGUCGGAAGACGGCGCACCUCCUGCCAAGAAGCAGCGGCUAAAAGACAAUGACCUCUCCGUCCUGGAGAACCUGAACAACUUCCUCGAUAGCAACGGAGGAAUGAACCUCACAAACUCUGCUGCGGAGCUCCUGGCUCCCAUCGAUGCGACCCCUGCGGCGGCUAAACCCUCUCUGGCACACAAUUUACAGAACUUGGACCCGAUCACCAAGGGUCUGCUGCCCCCGCAGGCCGUGGUUACAAUCGGCAGUGGGCUUAAUGCAAAGGAAGGAAUGUCAAGGGACAAAUAUGGGUCAGUCGUCGGCCAAUGAUGGAGACGUGUUCCUCUUGAACAUUGCUUGCUGUAUUCUGUGUGUUAAUAUGUGAAUAUGCCAGAGAGAUGCAAGAUAGAGUAUAUGUGAUCCAUUUUUUGUACCACCUGGUUGUAUGUUUGUAAAAAAAAAUUAUAAUAAUGAAAAAAGAAAGCGAGAAAAUAAUUUGUCUUAAUAUCGGGAGGAAGAAAGAGAUAGUGCUCCGGAAAAAAGUCCUUGUGGCCAAGUUGUUGUGAAGUUUGUUUGAAGUGACGGGAUACCACUAUGAACAACUUCUGUCAACAUGAGGAACUUGCUUUCUUAGCCAUGACCACGAUCCUCAGUUUAUUUCUUAAUUUUCUUUCAUAAAACAGUGGCAUUGACAUUAAGGAGUGUCAUGACUUCAUGGGGAAGAUCCUCCAAAUUUAGCGACGCAUUUUUAGAAAGCCUUUUCACUUUUGAGCUCGAUCAUCUCGGCUGGUGGUUUCUUCCGACUCUUGAGGCUAUUGGAAAUACUAAGCUACACUACGCUUUGAUGCAAGUUGAUGAAGUGCGAGUGUGAUGCAAAUGAGAGUAAGGUCUUCAUGAGAACUCUAAAUAUCUGUCUUUUUAGUUCCGUGUCAUAGAUAAAGAUUGUUUCAAUACUCUACAAAAUUUUAAAAAAUGACAAAACAAUUACUGUCAUACAUUGUGUAGGUCUAAAUCAAAUGGCUGACAAUUCAUGAGAAUUAAUGAGAAAAUACCAAACUGUUCACAAUAUCAGUUGUAAAGUUAAUUUUAAAUGGAUGAAUUAUUAUGAUUAUACAAAUGAUGGUCACAGCACUUAAAUCAAAUAAAUGAAAAAUGUUUUUUCCAUAACUUGGACAAAAUAUAUCUGAAUUUCUCACUUAGAUAAGGUUUUAGAAUAUACAUGUAUAUCAAACUCAGGCAUUUAGAGAAAACUGGAAA